AGGCGCGGGAGCAAAGAGCGUGGCCGCCCGUCUUUGGGGUUCAACCGCGUCGGUCGGUUGCGCAUUGGCAUCAGUCUCUGUCCGGCAGUCGCUUCGAGCUGCCGCUUCUUUCUAUACAACCCACAGCCACCCCCUCUCCUCCUUCACUCGGGCUGUGUGUUAUUCAUUUCUUUCAGUCUUGUUCAGUUAGAUUUCCUUUGUACGGUUUCACCCUCACGCGUUUGGUUUUGGGUUGUUAUACUUGAUUCGAUUUCGUGCCGUGAAGCGCUACACCGUGCAUUAUUUUUAUUAUUAUACGAAGCAGUUUAUGUACUGGCCGAGUUGUCGCCGCAUUUUCCUUCUCCGCAGCCAGUCCAAAUUGCAUUUCGCAUCCAUUUCGGUGGCACACCCAUAACCUCGCUCGGCCUACAGCUGAUUUGUUUGUUUUGUUAUUACCCCACCCAUCGACUUGAUUGGCUUCUUCUCAGUGUCUCCCAAUCGUGACCCAAUCCAUCGUAAGCACCCAGUAAUCACUGGAAAGGGACGCGAAACCUGGAAGGCCUCCGUCUUAUUCAUCCAUUUAUUGACGGAACUAGACAAUAAAUUACAGGACGUCGCCCGUUUCCAGCGAGGCCACUUGGUGUGUGUAUGUUGUAUACUGGAGCGUCUAGCUGUAUUUUCUUGGCGAUAUAUUUCGGAUGAUUUAACACCGUUACUCAUCUUCAUCCAACAUGGGCAAAAUGAGGGAAGAUCUUAAAGUCUCCCCGGAUCGCGAUUGAUUUGAUCACGUACAACUUUUUGUUUUUUCCAACACAAAUUUGGGACUGCCAAAGCGACGAGUCCGGCAACGACCAUGUCCGAUUGGGCGUCCUUUCUCUCAUCCGUUGAUCUCCAAAACGGAAGUGUUGAACUCAACUUGACUGAAUGGUUCCAGGCGACCGACAAUGCCAAUAAUAGCGCGACCAAUGAUCAACAAGACACGACGCUGGAUCUCGCUGCUUCGCUGCUCAUCGGUAUCUUCUUGGCUGUGAUCAUUUUCUUGUCUGUGGCUGGUAACUUACUGGUCUGCAUCGCCGUCUACACGGAUCGGACUCUGCGCAAAGUGGGGAAUUUGUUCAUCGUCUCUCUGGCCAUCAGUGACCUCUUUGUAGCCUGUUUGGUGAUGGUCUUUGCCGUCGCCAACGACCUGCAGGGCUCCUGGAUUUUUGGUGAUCAAUUUUGUGACAUUUGGGUCGCCUUCGACGUCAUGUGCUGCACCGCUUCCAUCCUUAAUCUUUGUGCCAUCUCAAUGGACCGGUACAUUCACAUCAAGGACCCGCUGCGCUACGGCCGCUGGAUGACCAAACGGGUCAUUUACGGUUCCAUUGCCGCCAUUUGGCUUCUAGCGGCGCUCAUUUCAUUCCUGCCCAUUUCCAUGGAUCUCCACCGGCCCAUGCAGGAGUCUGAGCCGUCGGUGACGUUUCAGCUCGACGAUCAGCUCCUGGACAGCACGACGUUCGACCAAGACCUGGCGGCCAUGUCGAGGGCCUCGGAGGCCAGCUCGGACUUUAUGGCGCCGCUGGACGCUUACACCGUCAUGAAAAUGGCCAAUGAAGACGAAGAUCCUGGGAAUGGCAACAACGCGGAAGUGAUGAGCAAUCAGCCGGUCCUGGCCGUGGCGUCGUCGUCGUCGCAGCAAUGCGCCCUGGACUUGACGCCGACCUACGCCAUCGUGUCGUCCUGCAUCAGUUUCUAUUUCCCGUGUUUGGUCAUGUUGGCCAUCUACUCGCGGCUCUACUUUUACGCCAAGAUGCACGUUCAGAACAUUAAGGCCGUCACCAGGCCCGUCAUCCUGCUGGGCCGUUUCGAGCCGGAUCCCAACGAUUCCGGCAAUAAUACGUCGGAAUCGCAACAGCAGCAGCAGCAGACGCAGCCGCCGCAUAAUAAAGUGAAGAAGAAAAAGCGACGCCACUAUCAAUCGCCGACGCCAUCUGGAACGUGUGCGGCGUCUUCGACGGGCAACAAUAAUUACCACGUCUCGGAUCACAAGGCGGCCGUCACUUUGGGCAUCAUCAUGGGAGUGUUUCUCAUCUGUUGGGUCCCGUUUUUCUGCGUCAACAUCGUGGCCGCCUUCUGCAAGACCUGCAUCCCGCCCAUUGUAUUCAAGAUACUCACCUGGCUGGGCUACUCCAACAGCGCUUUCAAUCCCAUCAUCUACUCCAUCUUCAAUCUCGACUUCCGGCUGGCCUUCCAGAAAAUCCUGACGGCCAAAACUCGAUCCUACUGCUGUCACCGCUUCCCCGACAUUUACGAGCCGGGCAACUCACGCUCCAGAGGCAAUUCCGGCCAGAACGGCGGGGCAGGUGGCGGAGGGGCGGGAGUCGCAGCUCAGGGACCCUCCAAUCAGCUGCAUCCGCAACUCGGCAUGGAUCAUUUGAGAGCGAGUCAACAGCCGGAACUACAGCAGCUGGUCAGCAACGGUAACCAUCAAGUGCGUCAAAUAAACCAAGCCAACUGUCAGCAGACAACGGCAGCGGCCGAUAACGAGGAGACCGACCGACACAAUUCGGACGAGGACCAAGUGGCCACUUCGUCUGGCACCAGCGUCCUGGUCGUGUCGACAUCGUCAGGCCACAUCAUCAGUUCCAACAGCACGAUGAAAUCUCUCCACCACCAUCACAUCCGGAGGAUGUCCAACAGCGCGACCCAGCGGCAAGAUUCCGGCCAACACUUACUCAGCGUCACAGAAAAAGUCGUCUGAUGCAAUUAAACCAUCAGACACGCUCACCCGUCUUUCUCGUCUAAUCAUUUCAAAUGAGACUCAGCAUCCUCUUGUCCAUGAUAUUAUACUGUAAACUAUACUCUGGUCGUCUUUUCAUUGGUCAGUGUAAACGCACAAGAGAUCGUAUAUUAUAUACAUUACGUAUAUCGGCUGAUGUGAUUCGGGCUGGUUAUGCAUAACAAUUUCAUACUAUCGGUCUGAAUUAUUCCGCGUUGAUGAACCCCCACCGUCUAUUACACAAGAAGCUGUAAAUUGAAAUAUAUGUGAAGACGCUUUAUUCAAAUGAAUAUAAAUAUAUAUAUUUAAUAAAUAAAUAGAACUAUAUCGCAAUGUAUGACAAAUAUGUGAAAUCAAAUUUCCCUCAUUGAUACAUUAUCCGGCAAUCACCACCAACGAUAUUUGCAGUGUCGUAUCGUAUUAUUCGAUGGUCUGUUGUUGAAUUUUUUUUUUUUCUUUUUUUUAAAUUAAAAUUUAUGAAUACAGAAUACACGUGAAUCA